AUGUUUGCAUUGCCGUCAAUUCCCCUGGUCUUAGACUUCCUUGCGAAGCGACUACAGGAUGAUCAAAUGCUACAGUUCACACAUACGCAAAAUGUCCUACAGCGAACGUUAGCUAUUGUGGCAUCUGUGGUAUCAAUUGUGUUCUGCUUAGCAGCAAUCUACUGCUUUUUGGCCAUUGAUCCAAAAAGAUUGGUAUUCCGUCACCAGCUCAUUGCGUUCCUCAUUCUCUUCGACCUUCUAAAAGCAGUGGUGCUUUUAAUCUUCCCCUCGCGAAUAUUCACGCAUCCCAUCUCAUACUUCAGCGAUAGCUUCUGUCAGGUGAUUGGCUUUUUUACCGCAACAUGCAUUGAAGGCGCUGACUUGGCCAUUCUCAGUUUCGCCAUCCAUACAUUUCUUUUAAUUUUCAGACCAUCGCUAACAAUGAAACUCCCGGACUCGGACCGAGUAGAAGGUGGUCUUUAUCGUUACCGAUACUGGGUUUAUGGGCUUUCGUUUCUCAUCCCUCUCGCAAUGGCCAGUUUUCCUUACAUAGGAAUGGGUUACACCUCAUUCGUGUGUUGGUGUUACUUGCCCCAACGUCCCGUCUGGUACCGCUUAGUUCUCAGUUGGGUACCUCGGUAUUGUAUUGUGAUCAUCAUUCUUGCUGUCUACGGACUGAUUUAUUAUCAUGUGUUGCGUGAAUUCCGUACUCUCGGUGGUGUUUUUUCGACAAUGCACAGACUGAAACAUAAGAACACCCUCCACCCUACGCCGCUGAUGGCCAAGCCAUCAUUUUUCUCAUCUUUGAGAUAUUUCUUCGAGACUGUACGCGACCAUACUUUCCCUAAGUUAGUCCUUCCAGGAGAGAGUAGUGACAUGUCUCGCACAGAGUCCUCUACCGACUCUAACAUUGACCCAAUUGCUUUGGCGCCCUAUGACAAUCAGAGCCCAGGCUACCGCCAUAAUUCUGUUGACGCAGAAAACUUCGUAGGUAGCGACACGCUCCAGGCAGCCAAUCUCGAGCAUUUUAGACACAGACAGAAGAUCAUUGAAAAACAGAUGAAAUCCAUUUUCGUUUAUCCUUUCGCCUACAUUCUCAUGUGGCUCUUUCCGUUUAUUCUACAGGUGACUCAGAUUAAUUAUGAAUACCACCAUGGACCAAUUGUAUGGCUCAACUGUGUCGGCGCGUUUAUGCAACCAUUCUAUGGAUUUGUGGAUUCAAUGGUGUUUUUCUACAGGGAACAGCCAUGGAAGCAUACCAUCAUGGCUAAUUUCUCGAAACAAUAUGAUAGCCAACUCGAAUCCAUUUACAUGAGAAACUCCAGCUGUGGUGACACCGAUUCGACUCUCACAACCUCAAAUUUAGCGAAGAGUGUUAACGUUGACUUGACUCAGUAUUCAUGGUGGAGAAAAGUCUUGUGCAAGCUUCGCUUCCCGCUUAUGCAGCUUCCAAAUUUUCGCAACAUAGCCAAAUUGCAGGCGUCAUACACUGCCCGCCGCAAUCAACAAAUUCAUCGUCAUGAAACACGUGCUACUCUAGCAGCUGGCUGCCCUGAGAAAGCACCUGAUUUCAACGAUUUGCAAGGCAAACAUGACUUUUCAAACCUUUUGGAUAGUUUCACUGACAAUGACUUCCGUCUGUCGUUGGGCAAGUAUGCAAUGUCCUUUCCCGCAGAAAAUAGAUCUUCGUUGGGGCACACGGUGCAUUCAUUGACACCUACCUCUCCAUCAGGGGGAAGACGCCCUAGUGUAGCUUCGACAUCAAACAGGUCGAACAAGUCCCGUCGGUAUUCUGUCAUCAACGAUUCCGAGCCGAUCCCAGAGAACACCCUAUACAUACCUGGCUCUAGCAAACCUCGUGCUGGGACCAGUGUUAGCGGCCGUAAGUCGUUUCAGCGUGCAUCUUUGGGUGAGUCUACUUCCGGUUCGGUUGACACUGAAACCAACAAUGCUGAACUUGAUCUUUUCGAAUUUUUGCAAAAGGGGCCAUCCUAA